CUGUGAAAGUAAUUGAAUAUUUGAUUAGGAUUGUGAAGGCAGUGUGUACAUACAUACAAACCAACCGUUUCAAGAGCUCAAUACCACAAACUGAAAGCCGAAUGAAAAGAGGCAGCAAAUUAAUGGAGAAUCCAAUCUUUUCCGUUGCUAUUUAUUCAAUCUUGAUAUUAAAAGUCAUAACGCUUUGCAUGGCCACUCCACUUCUCAAUUCCACCACAGACAAGCAAGCACUUGUUUACUUUAAGAACUACUAUGUGAAAGAAGAUGCUAUCUUGAGCAAAAAUUGGUCGGAGAAUACAUCAGUUUGUGACUGGGCAGGCGUCACGUGCGGCGUGAAGCACCGCCGUGUCACCGCCAUCAAUCUCUCAGGAUACGACCUUGUUGGAACUAUUGCUCCACAUCUCGGAAAUCUAACAUUUCUCAGAUAUUUGGACAUCAGUUUCAACAAUUUCAUGGGCUUCUUACCCUUUCAGCUCUCUAACCUGCGGCGUCUGAAAGUGAUGAAUGUCGGAAUGAAUUCAUUCACCGGAGAAGUACCUGCAUGGUUGGGUAAUUUGCCUCAACUCGAGAAACUCUAUCUCCAUAACAACAAUUUCGCAGGAGGAAUUCCAACAGAAAUAGGGAAUCUUUCACAACUGGAGAUAUUACUCAUUGGAAGCGCCUCUCUAAUCGGAAAUAUUCCACCUUCCAUUUUCAAUAUAUCUUCUCUGACACACUUAGGCUUGGAAAACAAUAGCUUAUCAGGUUGGCUACCAAGUGAUAUGUGCAACAAUAUGCCCAACAUGAAAGAACUAUAUAUUUAUUUGAAUCAACUUAAGGGGCAAAUUCCAGCCGACAUAUGGAAAUGCAAACACCUUGAAAUCCUAGAAUUAUCUGUCAAUAAUUUUCAUGGAAAAAUCCCAAGUAAAAUUGGGAGUUUGAGGAUGCUUAGAUGGUUGUUCCUGGGCGUAAACAAUUUCGAAGGAGAAAUUCCCGCAGAAAUAGGAAAUCUUUCUCGACUAGAGAUGUUAGACAUCCAAAGGGCCUCUCUCACCGGAAAUAUUCCAUCUUCAAUUUUCAACGCAUCUUCUUUGAUAUCCUUAAAUUUGGCCAACAAUAGUUUAUCAGGGCAAAUUCCAGCAAGCAUAUGGAAAUGUACACACCUUGAAAACCUGAUAUUGUUCAACAAUCAUUUCAAUGGAAAAAUUCAAAGUGAAAUUGGGAGUUUGAGCAUGCUUGGAUGGUUGAACCUGGGCAAAAACAAUUUCCAAGGUGGAAUUCCAGCAGAACUAGCGAAACUUUCGCGACUACAGAUGUUAGACAUUCAAAGCGCGUCUCUAACUGAAAAUAUUCCAUCUUCCAUUUUCAAUAUAUCUUCUUUGACAUCCUUACGUUUGGAUAAAAAUAGGUUAUCCGGUUUGCUACCAAGUGAUAUGUGCAGCAAUAUGCCCAACAUUAAAGUACUUUAUCUCUAUGAGAAUCAACUUCAAGGAAGAAUUCCACCAAAUAUAUGGAAAUGCAGACAUCUUGAAUUCUUGGCAUUAGCCUACAACAAUCUCAACGGAAAAAUCCCAAGUGAAAUCGGUAGUUUGAGCGUGAUUAAAGAAUUGUACCUGAACAUGAACAAUUUCCAAGGUGGAGUUCCGGCAGAAAUAGGAAAUCUUUCGAGACUAGUCACAUUAGACCUUGAGGGUGCCUCUCUAACCGGAAAUAUUCCACCAUCCAUUUUCAACAUAUCAUCUUUGAAGUUCAUAAUCUUGAGCAACAAUAACUUAUCAGGUUCACUUCCUUCGGGCAUGUGUCAUUCGCUUUCCAAACUUGAAAAACUAUUUCUCGGAAGGAAUAGUUUGAGUGCAGAAAAUUCUCCAACACAAGAGUUGACAUUUCUCUCUACUUUAACUAAUUGUCGAUAUUUGAAGUACUUAGUCCUAUCAUACAACUCACUGGGUGGUAUCCUACCUUCUUCAAUUGGCAAUUUUUCAUCUUCCCUUGUAAAUAUUUGGGUAGGAAAUAACAAUAUCAUGGGUGUCAUUCCUUCUGAAAUUGGAAAUUUGAGCAGUUUACUAACUAUAGAUUUGGGUAUGAAUCAAUUGAGUGGACCUAUUCCACCAACAAUUGGGGAUAUGAAGGAACUACAAAGAAUGCAUUUUUAUGGGAAUCAGUUGGUAGGGUGUAUCCCUAACGAUGUUUGCCGAAUGAAUGCAUUGGGGGAGUUGCUCCUUUUUGGUAACAUGCUAGUAGGUCCACUACCUGAAUGUUUGGGUGAUGUUAAAUCCUUGAGAUUGAUAUACCUAGGAUCCAACCAAUUGAAUUCCACCAUCCCUCCCAGCUUCUGGACUCUCACAAACAUCUUGGUGUUAAACUUGUCCUCAAAUUAUUUUAAAGGUCAAUUAUCAUCUCAACUCACAAGUUUGACAGCAAUCAAUACUCUGGACUUGUCCUUUAAUCAAUUUUCAGGUGAUAUUCCCAGCUUAUUAGAUGGUUGCCAGUCAUUAGAAACUCUUUACUUAUCAAAUAAUUUGUUGGAAGGACCUAUCCCUGAAUCCUUGGGAAAUGUUAGAGGUUUGAUAGAAUUGGAUUUAUCUCACAAUAAUCUUUCGGGAUCUAUACCCAAGUCCUUAGAGAAUCUCCCGUUUCUUGGGUAUAUAGAUGUUUCUCACAACAAUUUGGUCGGGGAAAUUCCAGUUGGGGGGCGUUUUGGUAACUUCAGUGAUGAGUCAUUUUCCCACAACCUUGCUCUCUGUAGUCCGAUAAGAUUUGAAGUACCACCCUGCGAAGAAAACCAUCACAGAUCAAGAAGCUUCACGAAAUUCUUGGGGCCUUUAGUGAUUUUAGUUGUGAUUUUAGUGAUUCUCAUGCUGGUGCUUAUAAAUAAAAGUAAACUGAAGAAAUCAGCACUUCCCAAUGAUGUUUCACCGGUGGUUGAAUAUAGAAGAGUUUCUUACCUAGAACUAGAGCGAGGAACAAGUUGUUUUAGUGAGAGCAACCUUCUUGGGAGAGGAAGUUUUGGCUCGGUAUUUGAAGCAACACUUUGUGAUGGAUUAAAAGUUGCUGUGAAAGUUUUCAACUUGGAUUUACAAGGAGCUGAAAGAAGCUUUGAUACUGAAACAGAGACAUUGGGGAGCAUUCGACACAGAAACAUAGUUCGAGUUAUUGGGUGUUGUAGUAAACCUGAGUUUAAAGCUUUGGUUCUCACAUACAUGCCUAAUGGGAGCUUGGAUAAGUUGUUAUAUUCCCACAUAUAUUGUCUAGAUCUUAUACAGAGACUGAAGAUAGUAGUAGAUAUUGCAGCAGCCUUGGAAUAUCUUCACCAUGGCUAUACAUUUCCAAUUGUUCAUUGUGAUGUGAAGCCAAGCAAUGUUUUGCUCGAUCAAGAUAUGGUCGCUCAUCUUAGUGAUUUUGGCAUUGCGAAGCUCUUUGACUGCGGGGAAGCUUACGUCCAAACACAAACAUUGGCGACCAUCGGUUAUACAGCGCCAGAAUUGGGAAUGGAAGGGAAAGUGUCCACAAAUGGAGAUGUCUACAGUUUCGGGAUAAUGUUGCUCGAGAUUUUUACAGGAAAGAAGCCAACAAAUGAUAUGUUUGAUGGGGAAAUGAAGUUAAAAGAGUGGGUGAGUGAUGCGUUACAAGAAAAGGCGGUAACUGAGAUUAUUGCACCCACUUUGCUAUCAAUAGAAGAUCAAGAUUUCAGUGAUAAGGAGAAAUGCGUGUUGUCAAUUUUUGAGUUGGCAAUGAAAUGUUUAGCCGUUUCACCUCACGAAAGAAUCAACAUGAUUGAAACAGCGGCUGCUCUGCAGAGGAUAUAUGCAACAAUGGUAACUGAAAGGCGUCGUCCACACUAUGAUUUUACUGUUAGCAUUCGCAAUGGUGGGAUAUGAUGCUUGUAACUGCUCAUGAAUUUUCUAUACCGAAACUCAUCAUGUAUAAAGACUAUACGGAGAAUAAGUACAAGCAAUAAUAGGUCUAAUGUGUGUUUGCAAAUCUCGAAAUGAACUUUUAGUUUCCAACUU